CGGUCUAGCAGGAAGCAUAGGAAGAGUAGGCGGAAUUCGGGAGCAAGAAACGGAGGCGUACCGCGUAGGGAGGCAAGAGGAGGCCCGCCCCGAUCACACCAAACUCUUCGCGCCGCUGCCCCGUCUCCGCUCCUCGCGAUCUCACGGCGGCGGGUCGAUCCCACGGCGACGCCGGAGGCGAGCUUCCCAGCGCCAUCGGCGCCGAGCACGCCGCGAUCCAGAUCCAGGUAUCCUUGCUUAGGACCGCGACUGCGCCUCUCUUCCUCUCCCGCCGGCGUCCGUGUCGUCCUCGUCACCGCCGGACGCCACUGGCGUGGAGCGGAGAUCCGAUCCUUACGGACGUGAGGAUUCGCGCUGACAAAUCAGUGAUCGCAAUACGAAGGGGGAGGGCCCGAUUGUUUGAGCUGCGUCUGUAGAGAAUGUCAGAGAGCAAUGUGGAUGGCAUCGAGAUAUCGGUCAGUAACGAUGAGAGGAGGGACAGAGCAGAUGUCGACAACUCAGAGGACGAGCCGAGGCACACGAGAAUGCGGUUGCUGAGGAAGAAGGCGCUGCACGCAUCGACAAGGCUGACACACUCACUGAAGAAGAGGGGGAAGAGGAAAGUGGAUUGCAGAGUGCCAAGGAUAGCGAUAGAGGAUGUCAGGGAUGCUGAGGAAGAGCAGGCAGUGAGCUCAUUUCGGGAGGUUUUGUUUGCUAGGGGAUUGUUGCCGGUCAGGCAUGAUGAUUACCAUAUGAUGCUUAGAUUUUUGAAAGCGAGGAAGUUCGACUUUGAGAAGGCAGCACAGAUGUGGGCGGAGAUGCUGCAGUGGAGAAAGGAGUUCGGUACAGACACAAUUUUUGAAGAUUUUGAAUUUCACGAGCUAGAGGAGGUCCUGCAAUAUUAUCCUCAUGGUUAUCAUGGGGUUGACAAGGAGGGAAGGCCUGUCUAUGUUGAGUUGCUUGGGAAAGUUGAACCCAACAAGAUCGUACAAAUUACAACAUUGGAGCGCUACAUUAAGUAUCAUGUACAAGAGUUUGAGAGAGCUUUCCGCGAGAAAUUUCCUGCAUGCUCAAUUUCUGCCAAAAGACACAUAGAUACCACAACUACAAUAUUGGAUGUCCAUGGUGUGGGCUGGAAGAACUUUAGCAAGAUCGCGAGGGAUUUAGUGCGUUGUAUGCAAAAAAUAGAUGGUGACUAUUAUCCUGAGACACUGCACCAAAUGUUUAUCGUAAAUGCUGGACCUGGUUUCAAGCUGAUCUGGAGCACUGUGAAGGGACUUCUUGACCCCAAAACAUCAUCUAAAAUCCAUGUUCUAGGAACAAAAUAUCAAAGCAGACUUCUUGAAGCUAUUGAUGCAAGCCAAUUGCCAGAGUACUUUGGUGGAUCGUGCAUGUGUUCUAACCAUGGAGGGUGCCUGAGGUCCAAUAAAGGCCCCUGGAGUGAUCCUUUAAUCAUGAAGCUUGUACAUAGCAUGGAGUCAUCGAGGGAGGUUGGGCAAGUAUCUGAUAUAGAAGAAACAAUUACAGGCUCUGUAAGAUUGCGUGCUCUCAAGUUACCAGAACGAAUUAGUGACACAUCAAAUACUGAAUCAGGUUCGGAUGUUGACGAUCUUGGAUCCCCUGUGGCUCCUGAAGAUGUUGAAUAUCCUAGUUUGGCCCCAGUUCAUGAGGAAGCCAGGGAAUCAGGAUCUGCAACAUACAGCGGUUCUGAUGGCAUGUCUCAUAUGCCCAACAAAAGAUACAGUCCUUCUGGAAAUGAAGUCAGACAGUACAAUACAGAACAGCGUUCCUUAAUAAAUGGGGUUUUACCUGUGCCAGCAGGUCGGCGUGCCCCAAAUGAUGUGGGCAAUGCUGAUGAUGGGAUCUUGAAACAUUUCUCAAGAAAAGUUGUUGCUGUUUUAAUUAAAGUACUCUCUCUUUUGCGGGUUUUCAUUCGACGACGACAACACUUGGAAAAUGUUCAUCCACAUACUGCAACUGUGCCCACUAAUCAGGCAGAUCUUCAGAUAAUUAAGGAAGAUCGCGUAAAUCCUUGUCUGGAGCGCCUUGAUCGACUUGAGUCAAUGUUUAAUCAGCUAAGCAGAAAGCCUCCACAGCUUCCACAGGAUAAGGAUCGUGCCAUACAAGAUUCUUUUGAUAGGAUAAAGUCGAUUGAGUUUGAUCUGGAGAAGACAAAGAAGGUAUUGCAUGCAACAGUCAUAAAACAAAUGCAGAUGGCUGAGACAUUGGAAGCUGUGAAGGAGUCUGAUCUUAGGAGGAGGAAAUAUUGUACAUAAUACACUUAGCUGCAGUGUACAGAAACAAGAAGAAAUGUUGGCAACUUACUAAUGUCUGCUGUUCGACAGAGAAUGAGAUAAUUAAAAUACAUUGCUCCCCCUUGUUGCUUGUCUUUUUUGGUCUAUUAUAGAGAUGAGUGCUGAUAUCUUAGUUUCAAUAAGAAUAGAUAGUUGGCGACCUCUGAUAAACUGAGGAGAUAGUCAAGAAGAGCAUCCGGGAAAAUCACCAAACACUGUCCAGUUAUAGAGCAAAAGGAAUUCUAAAAGAGCCCAAAUGCACAGCUUGUGUCCUGUCCAUGCUUCUAUUUAUGCUCAUUUCAGGGUUGAGCCUCCUGAUUCGAUCAAUUUGUAUCAUCUUCAUAAUUCAAUCCAUUUUUUCGUUGAUAACUUCAUACAUUUACCAUGCUUUCAAUCCGAUUGUAACUUGGUAGUGUUGCAACUAACCGAAAUAUUCACGUGUUGAGGAAUGAUAUUCGUGUA